AUGACAAACUUCUGGCGAGUGACAUCUGCAGACGACGAGGACGGCGAUACUGCGUCCUCGAUCUCGGAUGUAUUUACAACUAUGCUUAAUGUGAAUGAGGACAUUAUUACAGCGACAGCUGAAUGCCAAGCAGACGGAGACAUUAGUGGACUCAUUGCCUACCAGUGCAUUCUCCAUCGGGAUCUAAUGGAAAUGGCCGAGUUCAUUGACUCCAUCUUUGGUGUCUAUAGCAGUAUUCACACUAUCAACAAUAGCACUAGUGAUACUACUAGUAGUACACUACUGCAGCAAAAGAAGAGUGAUGAGUCGGAGCAUCAUCUGAUUGAUCUGACUGCUGAAGUUGCAGAGGACAAAGCAUUUGCUCCCACAGCAGAGACUUUUCCUACGGUAGGUAAGAAGAAGUUGGUACGACAGAAUACACAGCGUGGUGCACUGCUUGCAGCUAUUGAAGCUGGGGAGAAGGUUCGGGAGACUCGGCGAUCCAAAGAGCAGUGGAUCAAGUCACGGCAUCAAGUGCUUGAAGAGGAAGGCGUUAGUGCAAUAACGAACAAAAACUCUAGCGGUAUGUUGGAGAUUGCCAGCACGCAAUUGGGAGAGAAGGAAACGCAACAAGAGAAUGGAGGAUUGGCGUUGGCGAAUCAGCUGCGGGCACACCAACAUGUUGCUGCGUUCUUGCAAACAUUCAACGAGACGACACCAGCAGGCCCUCCGCCCACUAUGAACGUUUUGCUUGCCAACCAGUUAGCUAUGCAUGCCACAGCUCCACCUUUGGCAGUCCCUGCUCCACUUUUGCCAUCAAUGUCGGUAGCAACCAUUGCUGCUGCGACAAAACCGAUUAAGCCAAGCACAGCCGGAGAUAGUACCCCCAAGAUCGCGCUGCCGCCAGCACAUUCCAUGUAUGAUAUGCUCUUUUCUUUAUCAGGGAUAUUUAAUCCGCAAGCCACCGCAGGAUUUAUGCCACUGCUGCCGUGGCAGCAGCAAGCUCGAACAGCAAUGCCCGCUCGAACUUCAGUGAAGACGCCUUAUUUAAAAAGGAUGUGUGAAUCAUGUCGUAAGCGGCAUUUUAGUGUUCGUCAAUGCCGUCUCGUGCUUCAACAUUCAGAUCCUGAGUGGCAACCUGCACAGCCGCCACCAGCCAAUCGACGACGGAGGCGCAAGCAAUCCGCUUCCAAUACCACCAAACAAGUAACUUAA